AUGCUCCAAGUGUUUGCCGCGUCUUCCUUCGGGCAAGCUCACGUCUCUGCCCCUAAUCUGGACGAGGUCGAGGUUCAGAGCCUCUACCAGUAUCGCUUCGCCGACGAUGUGCCUCGGCGUCUCCGGCGGCUAGACAUGGCGGAGUCUUAUGUCGGUGCAACACCUCCCCCGAGGAUGCGGCGGUUCGAUACGGUUGGCGAGCUGAGACUGUAUGCCUUCAUCGGGAUGGAGGGAUACACUACCUUCUUGGAUGGUGUCAACAAUCUUCCGAUGUGUGAGACAUUAUCAUUAAGCUUAGCAGGGCAUCACUACUACGGCUGCGUGCCGAUCAUCCUACAUGUCCUGAAGAGGCACAACGGUAUAAGGAAGUUUGUCCUGCUCAAAUAUCCAACUAUGAUAAACCUAUGCCGGUUCCCUUGUCCCUGCCAGUUGACGGAGAGUCAUGGGGCAGGCAAUUUUACCCUCGAUUCACUUGAAGAGAUAGAGAUUAAUUCAUUCACAGGAGCAGACCACGAGGUGCAAUUCCUAAAGCUGCUACUAUCCAGAUGUAGUGCAACAAAGCUAAAAAAUGUGGAUAUUAAUACAGUAUGACUUACCAUGGUCGACCUCCUCCAAUAAUUGAAGUGGCCGAGAAGGUCCGCCUCAUUUGUCGUCCAAAUCUUAGAGUUAGACUACAUGCCACUUCCAACAACGGGAUUUCAGAGUUGGUAAUUUAAGAAACGGAUUCUACAUGUGCAUAUCGAGUUGGAUCGAUACAUGUUUAGAGUACAUUUG